UUCUAUCUGCUUAAUAAAGGCCUAGCUACACAGUAAAAGUCAAGUUUUAGAAAUCAAACAGCUAUGGCUCAAACUAUGUUGCUCAUGUCUGGUGUUUCCACUGGCCGUAUAGGGAACCUCAAGAAAGAUCCUUUGCUCGCAUUCCAAACUCAGAGACUAAAACCUAAACAAUUCUCUCAUCUUCUUUUUAACCCUUCUGUUGCUGCUUCUUCUAAACUAUUUACCGCGUUUGCUCUAUUCAAAUCAAAAACCAAGGCUCCUCCCAAGAAGGCUGUUUCGAAGCCAAAGCCUCAGGUUGAAGAUGGGAUAUUUGGCACCUCUGGAGGAAUUGGUUUCACUAAGCAAAAUGAGCUCUUUGUAGGUCGAGUUGCCAUGAUUGGAUUCGCUGCGUCUUUGUUGGGUGAGGGAAUAACAGGAAAGGGAAUUCUAGCUCAAUUAAAUCUAGAGACUGGAAUUCCCAUCUACGAAGCUGAACCCCUCCUGUUAUUUUUCAUCCUUUUCACCCUGCUUGGGGCCAUAGGAGCCUUGGGAGACCGUGGUAAAUUUGUUGACGAUGAACCUGUAACUGGGCCUGUGAUCGCUCCAGGGAAAGGCAUCAGGGGGGCAUUGGGUCUUAAAGAAGGAGGUCCCUUGUUCGGAUUCACAAAGGCAAAUGAGCUGUUUGUGGGAAGAUUGGCUCAGUUGGGCAUUGCAUUCUCUUUGAUUGGAGAAAUCAUAACUGGGAAGGGAGCUCUAGCGCAACUCAACAUUGAGACUGGAAUUCCCAUUAAUGAAAUCGAGCCCCUUGUGUUGUUCAACGUGGUCUUCUUCUUCCUUGCUGCUUUGAAUCCUGGAACUGGUAAAUUUCUCACUGAUGAAGAGGAAGACUAGGUGGUCAUCGUCAACCUGCUGCUCAUGUUUACAUAAACAAACUCGAAUUUAUUAAUGUAAAAUCCAACGUAUAUAUUUUUUCUCUAUCUCUGGUAAGCUAAAGGAGCAAAUUUCAUGAAA